GAGAGAGAGAGAGAGAGAGAGAGGGAGAAGGAGAGAUCUAGAGAGAGAGAGGGGGGGGCGAUGGGAGAAGUACGGUUGGGUGACUUAAAUUGAGGAUGCAGCAGAGGUCAUGGCGGCGUAGCAGAGGCAGUGACUUUAAUGCAUCGAAAACAAAGACAGAGAAUUGAAGAGGGAGAGAGAGGGGGGGAAGAAGUCAAGGUAAAGGAUUCUCCCACUUCAAAAAAAAUUCCCAAGCUUUUCUAGUUUCUCCUUCAAAAACAAGCUGCAACGCAUGUAGAGAGCGAGAGAGAGAGAGAGAGAGAGACAGAGAGAGAUAGGAGAGAGAGAGAACACGGAUCACUACAAUCCAAAAAACCAACUCAUCACGAAACAUAAUCGUCUUGCUCCCACAUCCACAAAGCUGAACUCCCAGAUCUCUCGCACUCUCUCUACCCUUCUAUGCCUUUUCCAUCUUCGAAAUAAAGGUAGCGGAAGUCUUGACCCACACCAAAAACCUUGUUUUUAGCUAGAGAUCCACACCUCUUUCAAAAUUGAGGUGGUGUUACUCCGCUCACGUAUCGCGCCAUAUACGUACAUAGAGAGAGAAAGUCUUGACCGUGACGAGAAGCUUAGUUUGCUUCGAGACCGAGAACGGGAAUCCGCAAUUAGGGUUUUCGAAACAUCGUAUCGACGACGACUACGAGAGCUGUUGUGAUGAGUGAGGCAGGUUGGGGGUCCGAGAGAUGAGGCAGGGAGGAGGGGGAAUGAACUGUCAAGAUUGCGGGAACCAAGCGAAGAAAGACUGCGUGCAUUUCCGGUGCAGGACCUGCUGCAAGAGCCGAGGACUACCUUGUCAAACUCACGUGAAGAGCACCUGGGUUCCGGCGGCCAGACGACGGGAGCGACAGCAACAACAACAACAACCACCGCAUCAACACCACCACCAACAACAAUUGAGCUUGAUGAUGAGAGGAGGAGGAGGAGAGCAGAAUAAUCCUACUAAAAGGAUGAGAGAGAGUACUCGUUUACCCACCACUUUGUCAGGGUUUGAAGUUGCUAACUUCCCACCGGAAGUGAGUUCCCCGGCGACAUUUCGGUGCGUAAGAGUGAGCGCGAUGGACGAUGCAAACGAGCAGUAUGCGUAUCAGACGGCCGUAAAUAUCGGCGGCCACGUUUUUAAGGGAAUCCUCUACGACCAAGGCCCUGACAGCCGUUACGCCGGUGGUGGCGAGAGCUCGUCUGGUGGCGGUCAAGUACCCCUUAAUCUUAUUGCCGGAGCCACUACAACCACCACCACCGCCACUAUGUCUGCUACCGCCACAACCGGGAAUACGCUCACCAUGAUUGAUCCUUCUUUAUACUCUACUCCGCUAUGUGCUUUCCUCGCCGGUACGCAAUUCUUCCCACCACCAAGACCUUAGCUAGAAGCUCUCUCUCUCUCUCUCUAGGAAGUACUAAGGCUGAAGUUCUCUAAUUCUAACAACUGUUCAAAUGCCUCCCAUUGAUAAUUGUCAUUAAAUGAUUGUGAUAAUUUUUGAUGGUUUUUGUAGUGUUUUAUCCAUCCUUUGAACAAGAAAAUUAAUUAAGGAAUGCAUCAACUUAAUUAAUUCGCGGAUGUUUGGCUUA